AUGGCCUCCGCUAUCUUUACCCGCACCUUCAAGCCAUCCACCGGCUUCACAAAGCCUUUCAAGCCUGUCUUCCAGGUCAGGUACAAUGCCACGGUGGUCAAUGGCACCCCCCGAUCGCCUCCGCCGCCGGUCUCCUCUCGCUCGACCAAGCCGUCCUUUGAGCGUGCUACGUUCACUAUUCGCGAUGGUCCAAUCUUCCAUGGAAAGAGCUUUGGUGCGAGGGCCAACAUUAGUGGCGAGGCUGUCUUCACGACUUCUCUCGUGGGAUACCCAGAGUCAAUGACCGAUCCGUCUUAUCGCGGUCAGAUUCUGGUCUUCACCCAGCCUCUUAUCGGCAACUACGGCGUUCCUUCCUCCGCUAGGGAUGAGUACGGUCUUCUCAAAUAUUUCGAGAGCCCCAACAUUCAGGCUUGCGCUAUUGUUGUCGCCGAUGUGGCCUUGAGGUACUCGCACUGGACUGCUGUGGAGAGUCUCGCUGAAUGGUGCGCUCGCGAGGGAGUCCCGGCCAUCUCUGGCGUUGACACUCGCGCUAUUGUCACGUAUUUGCGUGAGCAGGGUUCGUCACUUGGAAAAAUCACCAUCGGUGAGGAGUACGAUGCCGACGAGGAUGAGGCAUUCGAGGACCCGGCUAGCAUCAACUUGGUGAAGAGAGUGUCCACCAAGGCGCCAUUCCACGUGCCAUCUCCAAAUGGAAACGCUCACAUUGCCCUGAUUGAUUGUGGUGUGAAGGAGAACAUCAUCCGCUCCAUCGUGAGCCGUGGUGCAAGUGUGACUUGCUUGCCAUACGACUACCCCAUCCACAAGUCCGCCCACCACUUCGAUGGCGUUUUCAUCUCGAACGGACCCGGUGACCCAACUCACUGCCGUGUUACCAGUGACAACCUGCGCAAGCUCAUGAACAACAGCCAGAUCCCGAUCAUGGGCAUUUGCCUGGGUCAUCAGCUUCUUGCUAUUGCCUCGGGUGCUGGAACGACCAAGAUGAAGUACGGCAACCGUGCCCACAACAUUCCAGCUCUGGACUUGAGCACUGGCAAGUGCCACAUCACCAGCCAGAACCACGGUUACGCUGUUGACCCUGCGACUCUUCCAUCGGACUUCAAGGAAUACUUCACCAACUUGAACGACGGCUCCAACGAGGGAAUGAUCCACAAGUCCCGACCAAUCUUCAGCACUCAGUUCCAUCCUGAAGCCAAGGGUGGCCCAUUGGACAGCAGCUACCUGUUUGAUGCUUACCUCAACAGCGUUCAGCAGUACAAGCAGCAGCAGGAUGUCCUGAAGGGCGGCAAGGACAACCGUCCAAGCCCUCUGUUGGUGGAUCUGCUUGCUAAGGAGAGAGUCGGUGUGGCUCCUGGUCAAGAUGCUUAA